UUUUCCUCUGAUUCAUUCAGUAACCGAACCAAGCCACCCAAAAAAGCCCUAAAACUCUACAAUUCUUCCGGUUGCUAUCCGACCAAUCAUCAAUUUCAGAAAAGAUCUGGUCCGUUCAUUCCACGCCGGAGCAUCAAAUGCGUUUGCGCUUAAGACGCAGUGGAAACUUUCCCAAUUUCGUCUUCCUUUUUAUCAGUACUUCCUUGUCAGUCUUCUGGGUUGAUGGAUUGUGUUGACCCUGAUACAUUAAAUUAUCCACUAGAGGAAGAUGAUGAUGAUGGUAAGCUAAAGGCAUCCUCAGGAUUGGACAUGGCUGUGGAACUGAUGUGUCCAAAAGCUUCCUCUGUCAGGAAGAGUCGGGCAGUUAUUAAUAGUGAGGCAGAGUUCGAGAUUGAAUGUCAAAGCCCCAAAUCUUCCUCCAUUGAGGAUAGCCGAUUGGUUAUGGAUGGAGAGCAUGAGUGUCAGAGCCAAAAUGCUUCCUCUCUUGACAAGAGUCAAGUGGAAGUUGAUGGUGAGGAAUGUCAAACACCAAAAAUUUCCCAUGUUAACAAGUACGAAAUCGACAUUGAGUUUGGGCCCGAGUCUCAAAGCACAAAUGCUCUCAUUGAUGACAUAUCACGAGCUGGUGUCUCCAUAAAAGAUGAGGAAGAUGUAUACCUAGUUCCUCAAGUUGGCGUGGAAUUUGAGUCAGAAGAGCAUGCAUACAAGUGUUAUAGUAGAUAUGCUGUGAAGGAAGGUUUCAGCAUUAGAAAGGAUUUUGUAAACAAAAGUAGGAUAAAUGGUGCAGUGGUUUCAAGAAGAUACACUUGUUAUAAGCAGGGUUAUCGGCCUGCAAAACAUAAUACAAUCAUGAAGAAGCCGCGGCAGGAAACAAGAACUGGUUGCUUGGCACAUAUGACAAUCACGCGCCAAUCCAAUGGCAAGUUUCGUGUUAGUCAUUUUGAAACAAAGCACAAUCAUGAAUUUGUAACUUCUUGUACAACUCACAUGUUACCCUCACUAAAGAGAUUGGCUUUUGCUGAGGCAGUUCAAGCUGAUUUAGCUAACAAUGCUGAGAUGCAUGGGGUACCGAAACUUGGAAUGGGUUUUGAAUCAGAAGAACAUGCGUAUGAAUUUUAUAAUACAUAUGCUGGACGGGUAGGUUUUAGUGUUAGGAAAGAUUAUGUAAAUAGAAGCAAGAUAGAUGGUGCUGUGGCAUCCAGAAGGUUUACAUGUUUCAGGGAAGGAUUUCGGCAGAGAGACAAAAGGGAUAUGAAUGUGAAGAGACCGCGAAAAGAAACUAGAAUUGGCUGUUUGGCGCAAUUAGUCAUUUCUCGGCAGCCUGAUGGUGUAUACCGUGUCACUCACUUUGAAGAAAAGCACAAUCAUGAGCUUGUUGCUGCAUGUCGAGUUCACAUGUUACGAUCUCAAAAGAAAUUCGUGGGGGCUCAAGUUGUUGAUGGAAAUUCAGUAGAUAGUUCUAACAUAGAGCCAAAAUCUAACCCAGAUUUAAUAUGUAAGAAGGUUAAGGAUAGUGACGGUCGAAGUUACGGUCCCAUUGAUCUCAAAAGUAGACUUCCUUCCAAACGUACAAGAGAGAUGAGAGAAGGAGAAGCGGGAAAAAUGCAGCAAUAUUUUCAAACCAAGCAAUCUAAGAACUCUUCAUUCUUUUAUGCUAUGCAGCCUGAUGCUGAUGAUCAAAUAACAAAUGUGUUCUGGGCUGAUACUAAGAUGGUGAUGGACUACAGUGACUUUGGUGAUGUGGUAUGCCUGGAUACUACUUACAGACUAUAUAAAGAUUGCCGACCCUUUGCACCUUUUAUUGGGAUAAAUCAUCAUAAGCAAAUGGUGAUCUUUGGUGCUGCACUUCUGUAUGAUGAAACUAUUGAAUCUUAUAAGUGGCUAUUUCAAACUUUCAUGGAGGCAAUGUCAGGGAAAAGGCCAAAGACCAUCCUCACUGAUCAAGAUGCAGUAGUGGCUGAGGCAAUCCGUUUAAUCCUGCCAGAAACACAUCAUCGAAUCUCUGUAUGGCAUGUUUACCAAAAUGCACUUAAACAACUUGGUUACAUGGUUGCGGGUUCAAGUUGCUUUGCUAAUGAUUUCAGCCGUUGCUUUUUUGAUCAUGAGGAAGAGGAGGAUUUCAUUAGUGCAUGGAAUGCUAUGCUGGAUGCAUACAAUCUCUGGGAAAACGAGUGGCUGCAUGAUGUGUUUGAAGAUAGGGAGAAAUGGGCCUUGGCAUAUAGAAGACAUAUUUUCUGUGCUGACAUAAUAAGUGUUUUACUUUGUGAAAGUUUUACCACAAACUUGAAAAAGUACUUAAAAUGUGACUCAGAUGUUCUUCAAUUAUUAAAGCAUCUAGCGAAGGUAGUGAAUGAUUGGCACUACAAAGAAUUGGAAGCUAACUAUGAUAUGACCCAACAUCCCCCAAAGCUAAUGGGAGAUGUGAUUCUUUUGAAGCAGGCAAGGGAUAUUUAUACACCCCAGAUAUUUGAAUUGUUCCAGCAGGAAUUUGAAACAUGUCUAAAUAUUAUUGUGAACCAAUGUACUGAGAAUGGACCGUUGUUGGAGUACAAAGUUAGUAUAUUUGGGCAACAAAGAGAGUACGCAGUUACUUUUAAGUCAUCAGAUAAGACAGUUUCCUGUGACUGCAUGAAAUUUGAAUUUGUUGGAGUUUUGUGCUGCCAUGCAUUGAAAGUACUGGAUUAUAGGAAUAUAAAGCUUCUACCAACCCAAUAUAUCUUGAAGAGGUGGACAAAGAAUGCAAGGGUUUGAAAUACUGUUUGUAAUUUUGGGAUUGUUGCAUGAGAAGACGACAAAGGAUCUCUGAGAUGUGACAGCUAAUUUCUUCAGUUAUUGGAUUUAAGAGAAGACUCUGUGUUCCCAUAAAAGUCAGCGUUCAUAGAAGGUUUUUUGUUCAAGUUAAUUUGUAAGAAAAUACUGUACAGAAUGUUAAUCAAUACCUUUUUUCUCUUGUAUUUUGAAGCUUACAAGAAUAUGAAGAAUUAUUUUUUCUA